AAUGUAUCUCAAUGGUUAGAAGAUGAGGUAACUGCAUUGAAAUCGGCUUCUACAAAUUUCUUGCUCAGAUAGGUCGCUUUUUCUCUCUUCUACUCUAAUUUUUUAGUAGAAAGAGCAAAACUUUUUUAUUUUGAGAGACUACAUUAGGAGGGCCAUUACAAUAGGGAGAAGUUGGCAUGUAAAGAAGCUGAACUUGGACCACAUAAUGAAAGGACAAACAUCAAUUACAUGAAUAGGUAAUGUCAGCUUAGUUAUACACUUGUACUAAAUAAUAUGAAUCCAUUAAAGUUCAUUGUCUAAAUAUUCAAGUGUGCAUAGUGCAACAUUUGAAAAUGCUGAAGCAUAUGCAAUCAUUUCCUUUGAAUGACCAAUCUACUAUCCUCUAAAAGGUAAUAGAAAAACGUAAACACUUUUUUGUCAAUAUUAUAAAGAUAAUUCAUAUGAGAACGAACAGAACGAGUUCUUCAGCGUUAAACUUAUUAAAAGGACAAUGGCUUUUGGAAUUAUGAAAUUAUCUAGUGAGGAGUGGCUCAGCUUCAACUCGACUUCUGAAAGCUCUCAUGUUGUUCUAGCAUUCCUUGUAUCUUUUCUUUUCCUGAUCGCAACAGCUUCAGAAUUAGCUAGAAAGUGCGAUUUCAAGCCUGAGGCAUUUCUUUUGCCAGGAGACAAAUUGGAAGAAGCUGGAAGAAGAAGAGUUUUACCGGUUUUUGGAAGCAAAUAGCUUCUUACUCCUCACAGGCCACCUCAAUUUGUAAACAGCGUCUCUUUCUCUAUAUACUGCCAUAUACUCAACCAUUUUUUAUUUAAAAAAAACAUUAGAAGGUCAGAACAAAGUAUGAAAGUGCAUGCACAAUUCAUUCCAGUCUGUGUGGUUUUAUGCCUAGAGAAGAAUCAUUUGUGACCAUUCCCUUUUUUUUCGUGGGAGACCAAGUGGUUUGUGAUGUGGUGGCUUAUGCAAAGCUGCCUAUUUUCAACCACUGUUUUGUCACACUCCUCAAGUGGAAGUGUUCUCUUGGUCCUUUAUCCAACUAGUACGAGUAAAGUCCUUUUAGUAAAAGAAUAACUCUUAUGUUCGUUCCAUAGAUGUCAACAAGUUGAUAUGGCCGAGUUGGUCUAAGGCGCAGGAUUAAGGUUCCUGUCCGAAAGGGCGUGGGUUCAAAUCCCACUGUCAACAAUUUACAUUUUUAGUACGCCGAGGUGCCAGAACAUCACAGUCCAGUAAAAGUUUAACUAAUAUAGUAAACCAAAUAAAGUGGACCGACGACCAUUUUGUUUCCUUUGAUCCAAAGCAAAUCCACAGUCCAGCGAAACAUGAAUCCUCACACAACUUGAUGGAUCAUAGUCUCUCUUUUUCUCUCUAAAGCAUACUUUUCUUAACAUCACUUUAUAUCCUUCCAUGUCACAGAAGUUUGUCCGUUUCUCCCAAAGCACUCUUUCUUCCCUGUCACAAAAGAACCCUAAUCUUCUAUUCUCACCUGCCAUUAUCAUCCCAUUAUACACCCCCCCACACACAUAUAAAUACAUAAGCUUAUGCAUUUGCAUGCAUCCAUCAACUCUAUACCUCUCUCUCUUAUAGAUACGUAACAAGAGAGAAGAAGAAGGAAGAUAAAGAUGCCUGAUUGGGGACCAGUUUUUGUCGCGGUGGCGCUUUUCGUGUUGCUGACUCCGGGAGUGCUGAUUCAGAUUCCGGGGAAAAACCGAGUGGUUGAGUUUGGAACAUUUCAGACAAGUGGUCUUUCGGUUAUAGUUCAUACGCUCAUCUACUUCACGCUUGUUUGUAUUCUCUUGCUCGCUAUUCAAAUUCACAUGUACAUCGCCUGAUCUAAUAAAAUAAAUGAAUCUCUCCAUUUUUUUUGUACUAGCUAGUGUAUUCUUGAAGUUAUAUAGUCAAGUUUUAUUUUACUUUGAAUUGUGUAAUUCGCAGUUUGUUUGAUAUAAGAAACAAAGUUGUGCCAUAAACAAAUGGUCUCAUAUCUACCACCAUUUAAUAGUCAUCUACGUGUAUGUAAGGGAUGUAUGAAAGUUAAGUGAUAUAUACCGUUCAAUCUA